AAUUGUUAUAAAAUCCCUAUCAUAGCCUUUUCCCUAUAAUGGCCUAUCCCUAAUUAGCCUAUUAAAGGCUAAUGCCAUUAUUUCUGGGUAAUAACUAUGGUAAUAGGUACAGUAGGGCCUAAUACUACUUUUGUUUAAGUGAGGUUAGCCCAUCAUAGCUCAGUGGUAGGACCAGUUCAUGUUGAUGACAGUUAUUAGAAAAGCUAUAAAUCAUGAUACUUUAAUUUGAUGGCUGAAGAAACAUUGCAAGAAAGGCAGGAUAAUGAAUUGGAAGCACUUAAGGCCAUAUACGGAGAACAGUUGCGGGAGACACCAAGGCCAGAUGACCAGUGGCGGCCACUGGACUUUGUUUUGGCCCUGGGACCUCAGCAAGGGAGUAUGCCGCAAGAAGCUCACACCUUUGUUCAUCUUCAUGUCAUCUGCUCAGAAAACUACCCCAAUGAAAUCCCCAAGAUGACAGUUGAUAAGAGUAAAGGACUUUCAGACAAACAAUUGGAAGUUUUACUGAAGACCUUGAAAGAAAAAUCAGUAGAAUUAAAGGGUGAAGUUAUGGUUUUUGAAUUAGCAUCAUUUGUUCAAAAUUUUUUGCAUGAUUACAACAAACCUGGUUAUCAAUCAUUAUAUGAUGAAAUGUUUUGUCGCCAAUUGAAAAAACAGCUAAAGGAAGAGGAACAGAAGAAAGUUUUACAAGAUAAAACGAGACAAGAAGUGCUUAUGGAAAUUCAGUACAAAAAAGAAGCAUUAAAACAGGAACUCAAGGGACGUAAAAAUUCAGAAAUUCUUAUGGAAGAGGAGGAUGAUUUUAUUGCCAGGUUUGAACAAGACCAUCAGCCAGUUCCAAGGAAAUCUUUGAUAACUGCGGACUUGUUGGAAAGUGUUGAUAGUAAUGGGAUGAAGCACACUGAUACUGAAAUCGAUGAUUUCAGUCCAUGGACUGUUUCUCCAAAAGGAGUUUCACGACUUGAAAAUGAGUUUGAAGUUUUGCAAUUUGUUGGAAAAGGUGCUUUUGGUGAUGUCUUGCAGGUUCGCAACAAACUCGAUCGCUGUCUGUAUGCAAUCAAGAGGAUACAGUUAAAUCCAAUGAACAAACUUCUUUAUAAAAAAAUAACAAGAGAAGUCAAGCUGUUAUCAAGGCUGAACCAUGAAAAUGUUGUGCGUUAUUUCAACUCUUGGAUUGAAACCUCGGUUCAAAGUGACGACUCCUCACAAACAUCUUCUUCUCCUGAUAAGGUUGAGAAGUUGGACUGUAAGGUUGUGGAGAUGUUGCCAAUCAAGGAGGUGAGUGUGGAGUGGGACUUGUCCAAGGCCUGUAGUGAGAGCUCCGAAGACAGCUCUGAUGACAAUUGUUGGAUAACAUUUUUGUCUGAUCUAUAUGAGAUGUCUUAUUCAAGGCCAGGCUCCAGUGAUGAGACCAGCACUAGAGACACUGAGAUACCAGAGUCAGAUAUUACUACCAGAGAGAGUGCUACAGAGAGUGUCACCAGCUCUACCCAUCAGUUUAUGUACAUUCAGAUGGAGUUCUGCGAGAAAUCAACUCUUAGGACGGCUAUUGACAACGGAUUGUAUAAAGAUGAGAAGCGUGUUUGGCGGUUGCUCAGAGAGAUUGUGGAAGGCCUAAGUCACAUUCACCAACAGGGCAUUAUUCAUCGAGAUCUAAAACCCGUGAAUGUCUUCAUCGAUAGUGAAGAUCACGUAAAAAUUGGAGACUUUGGCUUGGCUACUACUACUAUCCUUCAUAAGAAGGGAGCAGUGCUGGACCAAACUGAGUUGUUGGGCAGUUUGGGUGAAACCUCGCACACAGGACAGGUUGGGACUGCUUUAUACGUUGCUCCAGAACUGAACACAUGUUGUAUCAAGACCACAUAUAAUCAGAAAGUGGACAUCUAUAGCCUAGGAGUGAUGUUCUUUGAGAUGUGUUACCGACCACUAGACACUCACAUGGAACGUAUGAAGGUGUUGGCAGACUUGCGCACAGAUGAGUGUGUCUUGCCUUCCGACUUUGUCGACAACAACAAGUUGACCAAGACUCAACUGCUCAGAUGGAUGUUGAACCACGACCCCUUGCAGCGGCCCAACUCCGCAGAGCUGCUGCAGAGUGAGUUCUUGCCUCCCCCGCAGUUUGAGGAGUGUGAGCUGCAGGAACUGUUGAGGAGGACAAUCAACAAUCCUCAGAGCAAGAUGUACAAGUACCUAAUGGCUUCAUGCUUUAACCAGAAAAUGACAACUGCUCAGAAUGUGACCUACGACAUGUCUAUCAGCAAGAGCCGAAGCUAUCAAUAUCUUUUACAGCAAGUUGUUGAAAAAACUAAAAAGGUGUUGGAGCUGCAUGGCGCUGUCAGCUUGUGUCCACCUCUCAUGAUGCCGAGUGGGCUUUGUCCUCUACCCCCCUCCACAGUGUCUGUGAUGACUAGGUGGGGAGGGGUGGCGAUGCUGCCUCAUGACUUGCGACUGCCGUUUGCACGCUUCCUCGCCCACAACCCCACCAUCUCACAGUUCAAGCGUUACUCCAUAGACCGGGUGUAUAGGGAACGCAGGGUGCUGGGUCACCAUCCUAGAGAACUGUAUGAAUGUGCUUUUGACAUUGUCACUCCAACAUCAGGAGACAUGUUGGCAGAGAGUGAAUUGUUGGCUUUUGUGUGGCAAGUGCUGAAUGAGUUCCCAUUUCUGCUACAUCAUAACUGUGUCAUCAGACUGAACCAUACAAGUCUCUUGCGAGCAAUAUUCCUGCACUGUGGUAUUGAGGCGUCCAAACACAACAGAGUCUGCUCCUUCUUAGAACAGGCCAAGGAAGACAGUUACAACAAGAGUCAUGUUGAAGCGUUGUUGUCUUCACUUGGUCUGACAGAACACAUUGUCUCAGCAUUGUUCAACUUGCUGGACCAAGAGAACACGUUUGGACGUGUCUCUACCACAUUGCAGACAGCCUUCAGACGUAACUCUGUCUCUGCCUCUCUGUGCAAACAAGCUCUCCACCAACUGGAGCUCACCAUCAGCCAUGCUACUGAGCUGGGAGUCAAGUGUCCCAUAGUGGUGUCACCAGGACUGGUAGACAACUUGUCAUUUUACUCAGGGAUCAUCUGUCAAGUAGUCUGGGAGCAGCGCAACAAGCAAGGUCGGAGCCAGCGGACUAUCAUCGCAGCUGGAGGCCGCUACGAUUGCCUCAUUGCCAGUUUUAGACAGAUGCAAGAUGAAGGACAAGGAGUGUCAGGUCAGAGUGCUGUAGGUGUGAGUGUAUCACUAGACAAGCUGGCCACUGCUCUUGCAGCUGAUCAGUGUGGUUUGGCUCCUGUAGAUGUUGUCGUCUGCUCUGUAGGCACCAGCGCCACUACACGGGACAAGCUCACUCUGACUAGAGACCUGUGGACAGCUGGGGUCAGGACAUACUUGCUUGACUCCAACCAGAAUUUAGAAGAAAUCCAGAACUUUGCUCAGGAAUUGUGUGUUCCUCAUAUUGUUAUGCUAAAAGAUACUGAUCCUGGAUUUGUUAGGAUACGAACAUUGAAUAAGGACAGAUUUCAAGAGAAGAGGGUAUCUCAAAGUGAGUGUGUGGAGCAUCUAGUACGUCUGAGUCAGACCAGCGAGUCUGUCAGCAACAGCUUGUCUAGGUCUGAGUCCAAAACAUCUACUGUCAUUACAGACACACCUGUGGUCAACGUAUCAUUCCUCAUCGGAGAAAAGCUGUCCAGCACCAUGAAGCGCCGUUAUGAGAGCCAAGUACUCAAUUCUAUCCUACAGACUUUGCAGCGACUGUCACCCAAGUUUCGCACUGAGGUGGUGGUGGUCAACAUGGAGGCAGAUGUGAUCAAGAUGUUGGCAUCUCACAUUGAUCUCAGUCUAGAGGAUCAAGAUAUGUCUUCUGUUGUCAAGAGAUUCCCUAAACAUAAGAAGACUAUUUAUAAACUAAUCGAGCAGUUGCAGGAGCUCAAGAAUAACAACUCCAAAGUAACUAUCAUCUUAUACAGCAUCAUGGACAAUACCUUCAAAGUGCUCUUAUAAGAUAGGGCACACCUUAUUGUAGUAAUUACAGGGUGUCAAUUGAUCUUCAAAAAAACCUGUCACGUCAGCCUAGAUUAUAGAUAACCCCACCUAUAGUGUAGGAAUAAUACAAAUAUUUUUUAAUAAUGUUAAGGAAUUGCUGCAUUAACGGCAUAUUCAGUAAAAUCUCUAUUUCUAUUAACCGUCACCUGUGGGUGCGGGACUACAGCGGUUAACUGAAUAGACAGUUAACUAAAAUGCUGGUUAGUAAUUUUUUUAUAAAAUAGUUUUAUACAAAAAAAAAUAAUAAAGGGUACUCAGUUUUCUUAUAUAUUAAAACUUAUUACAUUAUACUAAACACCAUCAAAAUCUGUGGUGCGUAAAAAAAACUAGAAAAAAAAGAUAAAUUUUAUGAUUACAGAGUGACGGUUAACACGUUGACUGCGCGCGCCGACUUUACAGGCGCUCCCCAGUGGUGGGCGAAGCCCCGGCGCGCAACCGAAUCAGCGAACGCAAUUGGCAUUCAAAUAUUUCAGUCUGACGAAUCACAAAAGAGCAGUGGUGACUGUGCUGCGUUAUCCCGAGAGUGGAUGUAGUUCACUGAAACACCCAAAGGUAGCAGCACUGCAUGGAUCCGUAUCCAGUGUCUUUGUAAUGUGGGUUGAAGAGAAAAAAUCCCCGAAACCGGGACAAAAGCAUUGCCAGACAGGAUUUUACGGGAAAUUUUAGUACCAACCUACACCAAAGUAAAGCUCGCAUUCUAAGCUGGCAGGCUGGCAACGAUUAUAACGUCUCCGUCUGAGGCUAAGCUCACACUGACUCAAUAUAUUUCUGUUGGUCUGGUGCCGACUUUAGUCGGCGCGCGCCACCUGGGAGCGCUGGCGACGCCGACUAAAGUCGGCACGCGCAGUCGACGUGUUAAUCAAGGUUUUACUGUUGUGUAAGAUGAAUUAAGCAGAUGGGUUAAGAUGUUUGAUGUGUUCUAACUGCUCAAAAGCUACUUAGCUAGUAUUAUUUUGUUGAAUUCCUCAUUGAUCUUGAUUAACUGUUGUACAACUAGGAUAAAACUUAUAUUAAUUUUGAUUAUGAUUUUAGGAAAAGAAUCUUUCCUUUUUUCUAGAUGCAAAAAAUUAUUAUUUGUCUAUUUAUUUAUAUUUAAUAUACUCAGAAUGAUCUGGUUGCUAUCAGGUGAUGUCAGGGAGUAGUUGCUGGAUAGUCUGGGUAGUUGAGUAGUUAUUGUGCUCACAUUGAAGGUCACUGGUUUCAUUCCAUGCGUGAUCGAUUCUGAACCCAUUUACAAUUUGUUAUCGGUUUAUUAACUUUGGUGAUACUUAGCAAAAUGUCGACAGUAGAUAGUAACAAGACCAGGGUUUACACGGGUCUCUUGCACAAAAACGUAAAAUUGUAAGUGGCGUGGAUAAAUAAAAUAAACGGUAUCAGCAAUCUGCCUAUUACCUUGUUAACAACCUUUAUCAUGGGUAAGCAGUGGGAAUAACUAUGAUAUUUUUUGGGAAAAUCACAAAAGUUUCCAUAACUUUUGUACUGUACUUUUUACAGCAAUGCGGGUUGUACCAUUAUGUUUACAGUUUACAAUUAUAAGAACCAUAAAAUAUUAACUCGGGACCGAUUUACUUUUUCAUUUUGUUGUCCCCAGAGGCCAAAAACACCAUUCGUUCAAAUUUAUAUAUAUAUAUGUGUGUCCGUAAAAACGACAACUUGAGUAAUUUUUGUCAGAUUUUGAUGAAAUUUGGUUUUAAGGUGUAAGGAAAGGUAAACUUGAAAUAGUUCACGAACCAGCGUGAUCGGACCAUGGGAACGGGGUUUUAUGGGGUAAAAAUUGGUUUUUCUAAUUUUUGACCCUCAAAAAACAUAAAAUUUCCCAAUUUCCCACAAACAAAUAGUUUAGUUUAUCGAAGUGUUUUUGUACGGUUAUUGGUUUAAGAGGAAACUCAAAAAAUUGAAAAUAUAAAAUUCCCAUGUUAUUUUUAGGUGAAUAUUGUAAAAUGCAGUAGUUUGCUUGUUUAUGGAUAUCACACUUGGCAAAUUUAUUGAUUUUAUCUUAUAUACUAAAAAACUUUUGCAAAACUUAUGAUAGCUAGCCAGACCAUACUACUGGACCGAAUUACUCGCGGUUGGUACCAAAUGAAAGAUAUUUUCCUGUAGAUGUGCAGAAUCCCUUUAUAAAUUAAAAUAGGCUCAAAAAUAAGCACAAAAAAUUUAUUUUAAAUUUAAAAAAAUUAACAUGGGUCUUAUGGGUUGCCAUGCUGGUGACAAAAUAGCAACAAAAUAUAAACAGAAAAUAAAAACAAAUGGAAGAAAUUCCAAUCACAUGUUUUAUUUACAGCGUGGGGUGAAAAUAGAGAAGUUUUCACAAUACAUACUUUUGGUAGGGUUUUCGACCAUGGGGUGAGCUCUCGUACUAAGCUAUAAUAAUUUUACUAAAAAACAGACUUAAAUUGAAAAUCAUUUCAGGCAAUUGGAAAUUUGCUUAGACAGCAGGUUUGCUGUGGCGGAGGUAUUUUAUGUUUUUUAAUGGAAAAAUCACAUAAAUUACAAUAACUUUUGAACCAUAUUUUUUACAGCAAUGGGGUUAUACUAUUUUGUUAAGAGUUAAUAGGACUAUAACAUACUAAAUCUAUAUAUCUAUGUCUAUAUCUAUAUAAUUUCUAAAGUACUUUUUUUGUUGGUAGGCCAUAACUUCCUUAAUUCUUAAGCCAUAACUACCAAAUGCUGGUGGGAUUAUUUGCUUGUUGUUAUACGCAAAAUGGGAGACGGACAGCGUGCCAGAUCCUUGUUUGCGGUAAUCCCCAGAUUUAUGAUCUAGGGCAGUGGUUGCUGGAGGAGGGGUGAGAAAGAUCCCUUCAUUCUUGGUUGGAGUUUUGGUGUCAUACCACAACUAAAGUAUGUCUAAAAUAAUUGUGCGGUUGGAAUUCAACAUAUGAUUUCCCUAUCAUGGUAAAUCUCCCACUCAUUUACCCUUUUCUACACUGAAAUCCCCUGUAACAAUCAUCUGUUUUAUAUUGCAGACAGGUUUUUUAGGAAGCAUUUGUUUAUUAUGAUUGAACUACACACAUAAUAAAACAAUAAGAUUUAUUUUAACAAUAAAUAAUCUACGUA